AUGAUCUCAGAUAAGGUGUACCGACUAUGCCACCACGAUAAGACAGUAAGCUCAGAGCUUGCGAGAGAUCCAAGCCAAUCACCGGCAAAGUUGUUUCAAAAGCUGUUUCAUGAGCACAAGCUGAAGGAGAAGCUCGUUGAAACCAAGCAGUCGACCGCUGACCGUCAUGAUGCUCUGCAGAGGGCGUAUGAAUGUGGGAACUGGGGAACAGCAAAACCGAGUAAUCUAUUUCUUAAGAUCUACCACGACGCUCUCUGUACGUUAGACAAAAAUCCCCUGGGAGGAGUCGUCUCUCCACCAUUGAUGGGCAGUCACGGAGUCGUUCCCUUGACCAUUGUGGCCCCGUUGCCGGAUCUGUGUCGGCAUGUAGCAAACUGUAUCGCUCGAGCUGAAAAGGAGGUAUUCUUGGGAACCAAUUUCUGGAUCUACUCCGAUGCAUCGACGCUCGUAACCAACGCGUUUCGGGAGCUCAAAGUGGUUGUGAAAGUGCUAUACGACCGGGGAAAUCCUCAACAGCUUUGGGAUAAUCACCUGAGCGUCGGUGAGAAGCAGUAUGCAGAUCCAGAUGGCAAAGUCCGACUGCCUCCCUCAGAUGAAAUCCCCAACAUCGACCUUCAAGUCACCAACUACCACCGCCCUAUCUUUGGGACUUUUCACGCCAAAUUCAUGGUCAUUGAUCGAAGGGUUGCUUUGCUUCAGAGCAGUAAUGUUCAGGACAACGACAACCUCGAGAUGCUGGUCCAUGUCGAAGGACCCAUUGUGGAUUCGUUCUAUGACACUGCGCUGAUCUCGUGGGGGAAGGCGUUCAAAACGUCCCUUCCAAUGCUGUCCUCUCCGGCCGCAAGCGCGGACAUUCCCAGCAUCUCUGCUCAGCAUUCACAGGCUGAAUCUAAGGAAGACCUACGUUCUCCAUUACCUGAGCACACGACGCAAGAUCCUCAUUAUGAUUGUGAUAUCCAGCACGAGGCGCAAAGGGUCAACGAUACUAUUCGUCCCCGAGCAGGUGAAUCAAAAACUCAAGCUGUCACUCGUCAUCUGAAUACUACAAUUCAGCGAGACACAACCGGCGACGCUCCACACAGCGACCAGGAACCUCCGAUGCGACCAUACGUGACUCUACCACCUCACAAGCCAUUUCCCAUGGCGCUGGUCAACAGAGAACCCUGGGGAGCGCCAAACCAUACCAGCAUCUACACUCCACAAAACUCAGCCUUCCUCUCCGCCUUCAAACACGCGAAGCACUCCAUCUUCAUCCAGACUCCAAAUAUGAACGCAGAGCCAAUCUUGGAGGCCCUACUCGACGCGGUCCGUCGCGGUGUCACCGUCACAUGCUACCUGUGCCUUGGCUACAACGACGCAGGCCAACUCCUUCCCUUCCAGAACGGCACAAACGAGAUGAUCGCGAACCGACUAUACCGCUCCCUACAUACGGACGAAGAACGCUCGCGACUGCGCAUAUACAAUUAUGUAGGCAAAGAUCAAACCAAACCGAUCCACAAUAAGUACAAAAAGCGAAGCUGCCACAUUAAACUUAUGAUAAUUGAUGAGCGAGUGGCUAUACAGGGGAACGGCAACCUCGACACGCAAUCCUUCUACCACAGCCAGGAAGUGAACCUUGUCCUCGACUCGCCUCUUGUGUGCCGUGUCUGGUUGGAGCAAGUGAACCAGAACCAGAAUACGGCGCUUUACGGCGCUGUGAGCGCCGAAGACGGGUGCUGGCAUGAUCCAGUUACUGGUGAGAUGCCCAAGGGUUCUAUUGGGGUUGACCCUGGACGCUUCAAGCACAACGAUCCUUCCAACAGCAUGUCCACCCCAUACGACAAACCCAUCGUCGACAUCACCCAGUAUGUAUUCCACUACCACAUCGACGACGAAAAGGCCUGGUCAGCUGCACGCGUGGCCCUCCUAGACGCCACGGGAUGCGCCAUCGAAACCCUCUCCACGAUCGAGGAGUGCCAGAAACUACUCGGCCCGGUUGUGCCAGGCACAGAGGUCCCGAAUGGCUUCCGACUGCCAGGGACGAAUCUCAGCCUGGACCCGGUCAAGGGCGCAUUCGAUAUGGGCACUUUAAUCCGGUACCUGGAUCAUAAUGAUGCGCUAGGCGGCGCAGAAUGGGGGCAUCCGUCCGAUAACCUCGGCGCCAUCCUCGCCGUCGCAGACUGGCUAUCACACCGGCCCCCGCUCACAAUGCGCACGUUGCUCACCGCGCUCAUAAAAGCAUACGAGAUCCAAGGCUGCUGCCAGAUCAGGAACGCCUUCAACGCGUUCGGCAUCGACCACGUCAUCCUCGUCAAGCUGGCCUCGGCCGCCGUGGUCGCCUGGCUCCUCGGUGUAACCGAGGAGCAGACGAUGGCGACGCUCUCGCACGUCUGGAUGGACGGCCAUCCGAGUAGGGUGUACAGGACGGGCGCGAACACGAUUCCGCGGAAAGGUUGGGCGGCGGGAGAUGCGUGUAUGCGCGCGGUGCAUUUAGCUCUGCUCGUGCGUGCUGGACAGCCUGGUGCACGCACGCCGCUGAGUUCGUUGCCGUUUGGGUUCUAUGCGCGGACGUUUGGGGCGAGUGGGUUCGAGAUGCCACGGCCGUUUGGGGUGUGGACGAUCCAGAAUGUCCUGUUCAAGGUGAUGCCGGUUGAGGGCCAUGGAAUUGCGGCUGUUGAGGCGGCGCUUGUGCAACUUGGCAAGCUCCGGGCGAGAGGGCUAGGCCCGGAGCGCAUUGCCAGGGUUGAGGUUCGGACGACCCAAGCGGCGGUUUCGAUCAUCAAUAAGCGAGGGCUGCUGCAUAAUGCUGCCGAUCGUGACCAUUGCAUCCAGUACGUGAUUGCGCUCGCCUUUUUGAAGGGCUCGGCGCCCGAGGCGAGGGACUAUCGAGAUGAGAGUUACUGGGCCAGGAGUGAGGAGCUGGCUUCUCUGCGAGAGAGGAUCUUCAUUCACGUUGACGAGCGCCUCACGAGAGACUAUUUGGAUCUAGAUAAGAAGAGUAUUGGUUCUGCGCUCACAGUUCACCUGCAGGACGGCUCUGAACUGCCCGAAGUUCUGAUAGAGUACCCGGCGGGUCAUAUACGAAAUCCUGCCACAGCUCGAGCGGUGCAAGAGAAAUUCACCAAAAAUAUGCGGCUAAUGUUUACCGAGAAGGAGAUCGCCAAGAUCCUCCAAGAGGUUGAGAAGGAUGACCUACUCAUCAUGGACUUCGUCGAGCUUUUCGCGAGGCAAUCAUCACCAGGUCUGAAAUUGUAG